CGGGCGGCGGGGGCGGUUGUGCGGCGUGGCGCAAUGGGGCAGCUCCUGGCCAAGCUUAUGGGCAUUUUUGGGAACCAGGAGCACAAGGUGAUAAUUGUAGGCCUGGACAAUGCUGGGAAGACCACCAUCCUCUAUCAGUUUCUGAUGAAUGAAGUUGUGCACACAUCUCCCACCAUUGGCAGUAAUGUGGAAGAGAUCAUCCUGCGAAAGACCCACUUUCUGAUGUGGGACAUUGGGGGGCAGGAGACGCUGCGGUCCACAUGGAACACUUAUUACUCCAACACAGAGUUUGUCAUCCUGGUGAUUGACAGCACUGACCGUGAGAGGCUGACCGUGACGAAAGAGGAGCUGUACAAGAUGCUGGCACACGAGGACUUGCGGAAUGCAGCUGUCUUGAUAUUUGCCAACAAGCAGGAUGUGAAGAAUUCAAUGACAGCCUUGGAGAUCUCCAGUUUCUUAAUGCUCAGCUCCAUCAAGGACCACCCAUGGCACAUCCAAGGCUGCUGCGCCCUUACAGGGGAAGGCCUGCCAGCUGGCUUGGAGUGGAUGAAGUCUCAAGUGGCGGCAAAUUGAUGCAUCUGGCCAGAGACAUGACGGAACAGUACAGAACUCUCAAGCAUCUUAUUUUUUUUAUACAUGUGAGACUUAGCCAGGACUUUCCUUUUAAGCCUGCCGAAACCAGGCUUGGAUACGGAUAAAGUCAUGUAGAUCACAGGUUCGUAGGGGAGACAGCCUCUCUCCUGAACCUCUCUCUAAGGAGUCUCUUCUGCAGAGGAAGUAUGGGGAUCUGCCUUGGAUCUUGAAGGUCUCUUACAUUCCAGAGCGGAUGCAGGAUCCAUAUCUGCAGAGGGGAGGGGGAUCUCCUCCAGUCUGUUUCCAAGAGGAUUGGUUGGAGGUCACCUCUGAAGAAGAGAUCUCUGGUUGAAAUCGAGGUGCAUGGCAGGGACAGAGCUGGGGACUUUUGCCCUGUUCUUUAAUGCAGCCUUAGAGUCUACAUGCAGAUUUUAAGGGUUCUGUGAAAGGAAGUGCAUCUCCUCUGCUUUUCCUCCAGAUCCUGGUAAAUGGAAAAUGCCUUACCUCUUCAGAGAUGGGGUGGCAGAAGGAGAGGGGAAAGGCAGGACUUUGAACCCAGCACCACUAUGCUCUGCCAUGGCUAUGCUCUGCACUUAAGCAGUACUUGUCUCCAAGACGUUGACAGUGUUUGGGAUUUGCUGCCUUGCUGCUGGUGGCCUCUUGAAGACUUCAGGCUGAUUCCUUGAACAGUGCACACCGGAUGUUCCUAACUUGGUGCUUUCCCUCAGCCCAUUUAAUCAAGGGCCAGACAGUCUUGUGUACUUUAGCAUGCAAGCAGGAAAGGGUGGGCUCAGCUGCUUUUGCUUGCCUGCCUUGAUUCCUGAACUUGGUACAAUAACCAGGAUCUGGUCUGAGGCUGAAGAAACUGCAUGGAGGGGGAUGGGGAGAUGAACAAGGCUUGGGAAAAGCUGUCUAUGGGGAGCUCUGUUACUGUGAAACCAUUUCUGACCCACAAGGAGCAGAUGUUCCCUGUGGCAAUGGUCCAUUCUGUUCUGUUACAUCAUCAGCUGAGAGAACAAUACUGGAUCAGCAUGUUCUGGGACUGGGAUCCAGCGCCCAAUCCAGACUCCAGCAUAUUCAAGUGUGAACUCAGCAGUUCAGUCUCAUCUGGAUUCAGUUUCACUUUAGAGGCAGCACAGGGCUGGUGGUUAGGAUGGCCAGGGUGCCUGGUUCUACGGAUGAGUACUGAAGGGAAAACGCACAGCCCUUUUGUACCUCAGUUUUUUCUCUUGGCAAGUGCCUGCCUCUGUAGAGUGACCUGCAGUUUGUGGGUGAAGAAAACUGUAUAAGCACAGAGUAUUGCAAGAGUUCACUGCAAGGGGGAGUCCAUUCUUUUUCAACUGGGGUGACAUCAGGCCUGGCCCAAAACAAAGGCAUCCAUGGAUUCCAGUGAGCAUUGGAUCUAGCCCCAUAAUGAAGCCUUUCAAUUAAGUGCUUUUAAUGACCUAUGCCUGUCCUGUGAAUUUGCACAAACCCCUUCACAGAGGCCUAGCCCUCUUAUUGCAGCCUCCCACCUUGGCAUCUAGUGGGGCUUUUUAGUGUUUCCAAGAUGAUGUUUAAAUCCCCCACUCUGUAUUUUUAUAACAUUUGUAUUUUAUACCUGAUUAAAUCUGCCCUUAUUUAAUUUUUGGAAAAA